AUGUACAUAAAAGAUAUAGUGGCUCACAAGAGGAGAUUGAUUAAAUUUGAGACAGUCGCACUUACUGAGGAGUGCACUUCACGGGUCCAAAACAAGCUUCCUCAAAAGCUUAAAUAUCUUGGCAGCUUCACCAUCCCUGUGCGAAUUGGUAAUAUCGAUGUGGGGCGUGCUCUUUGUGAUUUGGAGGCGAGCAUAAAUUUGAUGCCCUUAUCCUUGUUCAAACAAUUGGGUCUAGGAGCUCCAAGACCAACCACUGUGAUGUUGCAACUAACUGAUAGAUUCAUAGCCUACCCUAAAGGAGUGAUUGAAGAUGUGUUGCUGCAAAUUGGGAAAUACAUCUUACCAGCAGACUUCAUUAUCCUAGAUUAUGAUGCUGAUGAACAAGUUCCAAUCAUAUUGGGACGACCUCUCUUGGCUACAGGUGAUACAAUUAUUAAAGUGAGAGAGGAAAAAUGA